GGGAGAAUUGUGAAAACUCGUUCGGGUACGUGGAUGGGUACAACUCUACUAUUUAAGCAGUCCUCUUUAAAUUUAAAAUUCAUUCCUUCCUUCAAAUUCAACAAUCUCCACAAUUUAACAAUCUCCACAAUCAUUAUGAACUUUCUAAGGCGAACAUUUUUUGGAUUACCGCGUCAAGCAUUGCCAGAUACUACGGAUUCUCUUCAGUCAAUGAUGUUUAUUGAUGAACACGGAGAAAUUACAUGGGAAUUGUGUGAAUGUGCUGUUUCCCUUCCAAGCAAAAAACUCUUAAUUGGGCCUUGGUAGAGUUGAAUUUUCUUUUAAUUUUUGAUUUUCUCUUUUUCAGUAUUGCAGCCUUUAGCGGCAAAAACUCUUAUAAGAAGUCACAAUUCAUUCCUAUCACUUUGCAUAAUGAUUCAAAGCAUGAAUGGAUUGUCUUUAAAGUGCAACAUUAUGAACCAAGAGACCCUUUUCUGGCACAAGAACAACUUGCAAAACUUGAAAAGGCCUGUGUUCCUUUAAUGGCUUCUCCUAAUGUUGGAUUAAUUGGGCCCGGACAGGACGUGGUGUUCAAACUUAUUUUGCCGGAUCGUAAUAUUUGGCCUGUUAGUCGGUGAGGACAUUUUAAAAUUAAUUUUGAAGACUUGUUUACUUUGG